AUGGUCAACUCGAGCCGCGUGCAGCCGCAGCAGCCCGGGGACGCCAAGCGGCCGCCCGCGCCGCGAGCGCAGGGCCCCGGGCGGCUGGCGGCUGGCGUCACGGCCGCGGGCGCCGGCCUCGCAGCCCCGGGCGGCCUCCGCGAGCAGAGGGGCCUGGAGAUCGAGAUGGAGCGCAUCCGGCAGGCGGCCGCGCGGGACCCCCCGGCCGGAGCCUCGGCUUCCCCUUCUCCUCCGCUCUCGUCGUGCUCCAGGCAGGCGUGGAGCCGCGAUAACCCGGGCUUCGAGGCCGAGGAGGACGAGGACGAGGAGGAGGUGGAAGGGGAGGAAGGGGGCAUGGUGGUGGAGAUGGACGUGGAGUGGCGCCCGGGCAGCCGGAGGUCGGCCGCCUCCUCGGCCGUGAGCUCGGCGGGCGCCCGGGGCCGGGGGCUGGGGGGCUACCACGGCGCGGGCCACCCGAGCGGGAGGCGGCGCCGGCGAGAGGACCAGGGCCCGCCGUGCCCCAGCCCGGCAGGCGGCGGGGACCCGCUGCAUCGCCACCUCGCCCUGGACGGGCAGCCGCCCCGAGUGGCCUGGGCCGAGAGGCUGGUUCGCGGGCUGCGAGGUCUCUGGGGAACAAGACUCAUGGAGGAAAGCAGCACUAAUCGAGAGAAAUACCUUAAAAGCGUUUUACGGGAACUGGUCACAUACCUCCUCUUUCUCAUUGUAUUGUGCAUCUUGACCUACGGCAUGAUGAGUUCCAAUGUGUACUACUACACCCGGAUAAUGUCCCAGCUCUUCCUGGACACCCCCGUGUCCAAAUCGGAGAAAACUAACUUUAAAACUCUCGCUUCGAUGGAAGACUUCUGGAAGUUCACAGAAGGCUCCUUGUUGGAUGGGCUGUACUGGAAGAUACAACCUGACAACCAGACUGAAGCUGACAACCGCAGUUUCAUUUUCUACGAGAACCUGCUGUUGGGGGUGCCACGUAUACGGCAACUCAAAGUCCGCAACGGCUCCUGCUCCAUCCCUCAGGACUUGAGAGAUGAAAUUAAAGAGUGUUAUGACGUCUACUCUGUCAGUAGCGAAGACAGGGCUCCGUUUGGGCCACGAAAUGGAACCGCUUGGAUCUACACCAGUGAAAAAGACUUGAAUGGGAGCAGCCACUGGGGAGUGAUUGCCACGUAUAGUGGAGCUGGUUAUUAUUUGGAUUUGUCAAGAACCAGAGAGGAAACAGCUGCCCAGCUUGCUGGCCUCAAGAAAAACAUGUGGCUGGACCGAGGAACCAGGGCAACGUUUAUUGACUUUUCAGUGUACAAUGCCAACAUUAACCUGUUCUGUGUGGUCAGGUUAUUGGUUGAAUUCCCAGCAACAGGCGGUGUGGUUCCAUCCUGGCAGUUUCAGCCUGUAAAACUGAUCCGCUACGUCACCACUUUUGAUUUCUUCCUGGCAGCCUGUGAGAUCAUCUUUUGUUUCUUUAUCCUUUACUAUGUGGUGGAAGAGAUACUGGAGAUUCGCAUUCACAAGCUACACUAUUUCAGGAGUUUCUGGAAUUGUCUGGAUGUUGUGAUCAUUGUGCUAUCGGUGGUAGCUAUAGGAAUUAACAUAUACAGAACAUCCAAUGUGGAGGCCCUGCUGCAGUUUCUGGAGGAUCAAAAUACUUUCCCCAACUUUGAGCAUCUGGCAUACUGGGAAAUACAGUUCAACAACAUAGCUGCUGUCGUAGUAUUUUUUGUCUGGAUUAAGCUCUUCAAAUUCAUCAAUUUUAACAGGACCAUGAGCCAGCUCUCCACAACUAUGUCUCGGUGUGCCAAAGACCUCUUCGGCUUUGCUAUUAUGUUCUUCAUUAUUUUCUUGGCAUAUGCUCAGUUAGCUUACCUUGUCUUUGGCACUCAGGUUGAUGACUUCAGUACUUUUCAGGAGUGUAUCUUUACUCAGUUCCGUAUCAUUUUGGGCGAUAUCAACUUUGCAGAGAUUGAGGAAGCUAAUCGAGUUUUGGGACCACUUUAUUUCACUACCUUUGUGUUCUUUAUGUUCUUCAUUCUUUUGAAUAUGUUUUUGGCCAUCAUCAAUGAUACUUACUCUGAAGUGAAAUCUGACUUAGCUCAGCAGAAAGCUGAAAUGGAACUGUCCGAUCUUAUCAGAAAGGGCUAUCAUAAAGCCUUGGUAAAACUGAAACUGAAAAAGAAUACCGUGGAUGACAUUUCAGAGAGUCUGCGGCAAGGGGGGGGCAAGCUAAACUUUGACGAACUUCGACAAGAUCUCAAAGGGAAGGGCCAUACUGAUGCAGAGAUCGAGGCAAUAUUCACAAAGUAUGACCAAGAUGGAGACCAAGAACUGACGGAGCACGAACACCAGCAGAUGAGAGACGACUUGGAGAAAGAGAGGGAGGACCUGGACUUGGAUCACAGCUCUUUACCGCGUCCCAUGAGUAGCCGCAGCUUCCCAAGAAGUCUAGACGACUCUGAGGAGGACGAUGACGAAGACAGUGGACACAGCUCCAGAAGGAGGGGCAGCAUCUCCAGUGGGGUUUCUUAUGAAGAGUUUCAAGUGCUGGUGAGACGCGUGGACCGGAUGGAGCACUCCAUUGGCAGCAUCGUGUCCAAGAUCGACGCCGUGAUUGUGAAGCUGGAGAUCAUGGAGCGGGCCAAACUCAAGCGAAGGGAGGUGCUGGGGAGGCUGCUGGACGGAGUGGCCGAGGAUGAAAGACUGGGUCGAGAGAGCGACGUCCACAGGGAACAGAUGGAGCGGCUCGUUCGGGAGGAGUUGGAGCGCUGGGAAUCUGAUGAUGCAGCUUCCCAGCUCAGCCACGGCUUAGGCACACCAGUGGGCCUGAAUGGUCAACCUCGCCCCAGGACCUCGCGCCCUUCUUCCUCCCAGUCUGCAGAAGGUGUGGAAGGUGGAGGUGGAAAUGGGAGUUCCAACGUCCAUGUGUAAGGUGUGCCCUGGUAGCUGUGUUCCUAACAGGUGAGAAAGCGGCCACGAGUAUUUAUAUGCCCUGAACACCAUCGAUGCUGGUCUUUGGGACCGAUUGCUAAUCUUCUGCACUUUAAUUUAUUUUAUGUAAACUUUACCCAUGGAUCAAAGAUAUUUCUUUCUUUUUCUCGUAGAAGAAAUUGAGGUGUAAAUAUUGAGUAUAGGAAAAACAAAUUCUUUGUAAAGUUUAUAGAGUGGUUCUUCCCAGUUGCUACCGUGACUGGGUCUCCUCAGUUGACAAUGAAGUGGCCUAAAAGCUACAAGAGAACAGUCAAAGGGCUUCUGAGUGUCACCUGCAACCACAAAAUCAGUGUUGUCAUUUUUGUCCAGUGUGUGAAGGGAACGUAGGGCAUUCCUUUCCACUCAGGAGUAGCUCAUGAGCUUCAUACAAAGCUUCCUUUGAAGAAAGGGGCCUGUGAUUUCAACUACCUUCCUGGGGUAAACUUUUCUAAAACAUGAACUGGAAAAGAACUCCAAACCAUAGAAUGGGUAUGUGGUCAUUGUGCGAGCAUUCGUGUGAGUGGUUGAAUACUGUUGAGUACUAUGCCUCCUUAUUAUUUCACCAUAUCUAUUGUCUGUGGAACUCGCUGUAACGCUUCAUUCUUCUUGUUUUGCCUCACUUGAAAUGAAUUAAAUGAAACCAAAGAUCGGUUAUAAGAUAAAAUGAAAUCUCUAACUGUAAGAGAAUUGUAAGGGAGCACUAAGUUGUUAUUAGAUUUGGCUUUUUCUGAUAAUUUUAGUACAAAGAUUUAUCCAUAUGUUGUCUUUCCCAUGUGGCUCAACUCACUGCAACUAAAUUUGAUGUUAUAAUUAAUCCAGUAAAACAGACUUACUAAAGGUCUUAAUAGGCACUGAAAGAUUUAACUCAGCAAAUGUGUGCACUAUUAGCAAACUUUUAUUUCAGAAUUCAUAAAGCAUUGUAAAACUGAAGUUUUGGGUUUAUGCUGUCUUAAGGUAAUUCUCAAAUAUUCUCGAUCCUAUAUUGCAGAACUAGAGUUUAGAAUCCAAAUGAAGCUCAAGUCAUUAAAAAGGAAGUUCUCAUGCUGAAAAUUCAUCUAUCAGCAGUAUCAGCCCAAAUGGGAGUUAGUAGCAGUUGUCUUCAUUAGGAGACAGGCUCACCAAAUUUAUGAGGACAUAUCUAUUUCUCAGUGAAAAAAAGAAAAACCUUAUCUUUCAAGUGUUAAGGAACAUGACCUUUUGAGAGUUAAUGGGACAAGCAAGACAGAACAAACUGGUCAUGAGUAAUCCUCACUUGGAGAACCCAUAGAACAGAAUCCUGUGGUUAAUGCUGUAUUUUUAAUGCACAAAUGACCCACUUAAUUGGUAAAAUAUGUCAGUCAAAUUCCCAGGGAAUAAACAGCCUCCUCUAGGUUAGCUUCUAUACAAGUGAACCACAUUGGGUUUCUUUAAUAGUUAAUCCUAACUAGUUCCUUUCUAUUUUUCUUUCUUCUGAAUAUGCUACACAAAAUUCUUUAUUAUUCGGUACUAAGGUUUGCAUUCCAGGGAUACUGAGUGUACGUGUUUAUGAGUGUGUACCAUGUUGUUACAUGUAAACAAACUUCAAUUUGAAGUGCAGCUCUAUGUGGUAUCCAUGUGUAUCGACCAUGUGCCAUAUGUCAAUUAUGGUCACUAGAAAGUCUUUCUGAUACUAUUAUACUGGUUUUCAUUUCACUUGUAAACUUUGGCAGAAUUCUUUGUUUUUACCAUGAAGAAUUCCCUCCUCACCCCUUCCCUGUCACCUCUCCUUCUGUGUUGAUAUAAUUAUGAAGAUGUUACAUAUGCAAGUCUUUCGCAACAAUCAGGAAUUUCAUAAAUGUGUAAUACGGAGCACUUUACUUCCUAAUAAACACUUGACCAAACACAGAUGUAAGAGCCAUCUGUUUCCUAA